UUCAUAGUACUCUUCUGACAUGUCCUACUCAUUAUAGAUCGACAGAUAUACAAAAAAAAAAAAAAAAAAAGAAGGAAGUAGUCCUCUUUUAUUUUUUUAUUUUAUUUUUAUCUGUUGAUUAGGGCGGAGGAAAGUAUUGUUGGGUUGGUUGCCUACCUACGUUUUCCCUCCCACCCACCCCUUUGCAUGCUUUUCCCAUUUGGACAGUGACACGUCAGUGCCACGUCAGCAGUGACACGUCAACAACAGUGACACGACAGUGCCACGUCAGCAGUGCCACGUCAGUCACAGUGCCAUGUCAGCAUGACAGGGGCAACCCUGGGCAUGCCAGACCAACUGGCCAACGAGACUCUGGCUGAGUACAAACAGCGGUUCCAGACUCAGAUCGAUCUGAUCGAGGCUGAGGAAAAGCGCCAGCUGGCAGCCGAGGCUGCCCGCGUACAGGCUGAAGCAGCGGCAACAGCAGAGAAGCUGCGGCUACAGACCAAAGCAGACGCAGAUGCCCAGGCUCGCCGGAAGGAAGCCCAGGAUCUGCUACAGACCAAAGCAGACGCAGACUCAAGUUCUGGCACUUUGAAACGAACGAGCCACAAGGAUGCGACACGGGCACUCAAUGCCCGUGUACUGGACCUGGAACAGGCUGUACCAGGACCAGAUGUUGGUGCUUCCAGCAGUGCAUCCUCUAGCCGCCAAGUGGAGCAACGUGUUGACCAUGUAGUGGCAAUGCUCGGCGACAUCAGCACCUUCGCUGCGCCGACCACCAUCAGCAGUCAGCUGCAUACCUUGCAGACCGAGGUCCAGCAACUGCAGUCGACGAACACGGAUGGCAAUCCUAAGUUGUACAAGAUGCCAACUUUCCAACUGGAAAAGUUCGACGACUACACGCAGCAGCAUCCGACCCUCUGGUGGGAGGCAUUCACGACGCAACUCAGGAUUCUGUUCGUCGCCAAGCACGCGUCCAUCGACGCCCUGUUCAUGAACUCAAAGGGCGGAUGCCAGACCUGGUUGACCCACCUGGCAACCUCCCACGGCGUCGACGUACCAGAUCUGAAGGACAAGAUCACAUGGGAGGAACUGACACGGCUGUGGAAGAGGCGGUUCAUCGUCGACGACGCGCCAGCACUCGCCAUCAACCGUUUGUUCACCAUGUCACAAGGCAACACUGCAACACGGGAUUGGCUCACAGAGUGGCAGAAGAUUGCGGCAGUGCCCAAUCUGGACUUGCCAUUCACGCAUUUACGUCGUGAGUUCUACAACAGGUCCUGUGGUGCAUUGAGCCAGGCUCUUGGUGAUCGCGAGAAGUACACCACCUUCGUGGAGAUCAUUGACAAAGCGAGGGAGAUCAUCAAGACCAACAGUUCCGCGGAAGGUGAGGCGACUCCACCUUCUAUUCCGCUGGAUUCGGCCGCCUUGCUAGCGGCCUCCUGCACAUAUGGGGAGGAUGCGAAUGUCGCAAGUCSUCGGUACACUUACGAGGAUUAUGCUGUCCACUUGGUUCCACCGCUGGACCAACCGCUCCACGUGCAACAAUCCACCGCAUGCACGGUUUCAUCACCAUCAACAACCGAUUCGGCAGCUUCGCCGCAAUCUAUCGCCGGGGAUUCGAGGUCAUGGUCAAGACUUGAAGAGCUCGACCCGUUGAUGUUCACGGACUUCCAGUGGAUGCCCGUUCCCUCGACCGGACGAUUGCCGAAACCGCAUUGCAACGUGCUUAUGGCACAACUGCGGGAUUACUUGUACACUGCAGUACCAGCUCCGUUGAUGGACGCCGGAGCAGAGGUUGUCAACCUUCACGCUUACAACGCGAAGAUCGACCGCGAGUUCAAGACGCAACGGUACGACGACAUCGACGCACCAUUGCUAUACGUACGCAUUCAGAUCAGAGAGGCGACCUGCAGUGCCUUGAUCGAUUGCGGAGCAUCUCACAACUACAUCAGCCAGGACUUCAUGGUGCGCGCCGGCCUUGGCCCACGCGGCCAAAGGAAGCCCCAGCCUACGCAAGUCACAUUGGCAGACGGUCACACGCACAAGUCAAUGGACCGGUGCAUUGACGACGUCCCAGUGUACUUUGCCCCUCACGCAAGUGAGGCGGUGUCCUUUGACAUUCUGGACACCAAAUUCGACAUGAUCUUGGGCAUGUCAUGGCUGCGAAGCAAGGAUCACCCGGUGAACUUCUUCAACCGCACCGUUCACAUUCUUGAUCGGAGCGGAGUAUUAGUUCCAUGCACGGUGCCUCUUCCUCAUCCUUCGAUCAGCUGCCACGUGGUAUCUGCCGCAAGCAUGCGAGCUUCAAUCAUCAGAGACGACAUCGAGGAGAUGGGGGGGUGUUUUCUCCACGCCCUCCCGCCCCGAGACGCUUCAUCGACAGACUCAUCUUCGGAUCCACGCAUCACCGAGCUUCUCGACGCCUACAGUGACGUGUUGGAAGGCCCGCACGGAGUAGUACCGGAUAGGCCCAUCCGCCACGAGAUCAUCCUCGAGGAUGGGGCCGUACCUCCGCGCGGUUGCAUCUACCGAAUGAGCGAGGAAGAGUUAAGUGUGCUUCUCGCACAACUCGACGACCUUCUGGAGAAAGGCUGGAUCCGGCCUAGCUCAUCGCCAUACGGUGCUCCUGUUCUCUUCGUCCGGAAGAAGAACAAGGACCUGCGGUUGUGCAUCGAUUAUCGCAAGCUCAACGCGCAGACGAUCAGGAACGCCGACCCUCUCCCACGCAUUGACGACCUUCUCGAGCGACUGGGCGGCGCCAAGUUCUUCUGCAAACUGGACCUCAAGUCGGGAUAUCACCAACUCGAGAUUCGCAAGGAGGAUCGCUACAAGACCGCGUUCAAGACACGGUAUGGGCAUUUCGAAUGGCUGGUCAUGCCGUUUGACCUUACGAAUGCCCCAGCCACUUUCCAAGCGGCUAUGACAACGGAGUUCCGACACAUGCUGGAUCGGUUUGUACUCAUCUACCUGGACGACAUCUUGGUGUACAAUCGGAGUUUGGAAGAGCAUGUGGAACACCUGUGCACCGUUUUGGAGCGGCUAUGACAGGCCAAGUACAAAGCAAACCGCGACAAGUGCGAGUUCGCACAGUAGGAGCU